UUGGCUGAAAGGAAAGAGGAAAAACUCGGUCGAAACUGCCAUGUUCUGCUCUGUUAACUCCUGGCUUUUGUUACUUACCUUUCUUUGAUGCCCUUUGAGUUUAGUCCUGAGUUUAACCAAGACAGUGAUUGAUUAACAAUGUCUGUGUGAAUAAAACAUAAAGGUCAGCAGAGAAUUCAGUUCCGUGGCUUUGGAGGACGAAGAAACAGAGCUGAUUAUGGAGAAACCCUACAUACUGGCCGACAUCGGAGAAAAGGGCAUCUACCACUGUUUUGCACCAUGCAUUGAGAAGCAUUUCACAACAAUCUCCUAUCAGAACUUUGCUCAGAAAAGGGAGAAUUUAGCAGACAAGAUCCAGGCUGUCUUUAUAUGGGGUGGACCCAUAAUUGAUCACAGCUUCCUGCAGUCUUUGCCCAACCUUAAAGUUGUUGUGAAUGGUGGAGUAGGAGUGGACCACCUGGAUAUACCUUUGAUCAACAGCUUUGAAGUGAAGGUUUGCAACACUCCUCAUGUCGUCGACAAUGCCACGGCGGACAUGGGUAUGAGCCUGAUGUUGGCAUCUGCAAGGAAGAUAGUUCAAGGCCAUAACUUUUCCAAGUACCAUGAAUCAGAGCGCUUGUUGGAGUCGUCUUUGGGUAACGAUGUUAGUGGUGCCACCCUGGGGAUUAUUGGCAUGGGAAGAAUAGGAUAUAAGGUUGCCAAAAGGGCCCAGGGUUUUGACAUGAAGAUCCUCUAUCACAAUAGGAAUCGAAGGACAGAGGAGGAGGAGAAAGUAGUGGGAGCUGUGUACUGUGAGAAGAUGGAGGAGCUCCUGAGGAAAUCAGACUUUGUCAUGGUGGUGGUCAAUCUGUCCCCUCAGACACAGAAACUAAUUGGUGCUAAAGAACUGGCCAUGAUGAAACCCAGCGGCACCCUCAUUAACAUCAGCAGAGGUUUAGUUGUUGACCAGGAUGCGUUAGUAGAUGCCCUCCAAAGGAAAAUCAUAAAAGCCGCAGCUUUAGAUGUGACAUACCCAGAGCCACUUCCAAGAGACCACCCCUUACUGUCAUUUCCAAACGUGAUUGUGCUGCCUCAUAUGGGGACGCACACAGUGGAGACAACCCGGGUCAUGGUGGAGAGGAUGGUGACCAAUGCCCUGGCUGCUUUGAAGGGUGAACAACCUCCUGAUGAAGUGAAGAUAUAGGCCAGGCCCAAGGCUAAUCAUCCCCAUCCUUCCUGCUUCCCUCCAGAGCUACUUUUAAAUCAACACUGGUUUGAGAAACUUCAGAAACAGUUGACUAUCCUAAGAUUACUUUGUAAGGCCAAUAAAUCUGUCUGGUAAUCAGUUAUGUAUCACAAUGCUUUGUGAAGUAUGAUACAUUAUUUAGGCUCCUUAAUUUUAUUUUCAUUAAGAUUUUCUUUAGAGAGUUUCAUUAAGAACUUCAUAGGGUCCACAGCCUAUAGGCCUUUAUAAAACCCUAAUACAUUAAAACAUAUCCCUUUACACAGUAUUCAUAAUGUCCAGACAUUUGUACUUGUGAUGUUGUUUAACUACAGACUUUAUCCUUUCGCAAAAGAAAGUGCACACUGUAAUAUGGUUCAUUCAUAGUGGUUUGAUGUGAAACGGUUCAUUAUAGAGAUUCAUGUGUCUAAGUUUUAAGAUGUAAUGUUAGUAAAACACUGGGAAAUCUGAACAAAUAAGUUUCAGAUACUGUUUUGUCUUAUACCUCCCUGCAUUUAGCACUCCGCCAUUAAUGGCUUUUUAAAGUUGUUGGCCGGAACUUUCUCUCGAAACAAUUAUAAGACAACGUCUCCGGCAUCUGGCAGUGUAUUUGUACCUAAUAAUAUUAUACAUAAUAACUUUCUGUGAUGUGGCUUUUAGAAGUAUCAAAGUCUUCAGACGUCUGGCUCCUAUCACCAACACUCCAGAAGCCAGUUCCAAAAAAUAAAUUGAUAAGUAAAUUGAG